UUAAGUUGUUGCUGUGUUUGUUUCUCUCUGUGAUUAAACCAUCGAUUGAUGUUACGUUUAGUCAUUUUUGUUUGUUUGUUUGUUGUCAUCAUUUGCUUAUUAUAAAUUUGAAAUAAAAUUUAUUUCGAAAAAAUAAAUCGCCCACAUCUGAUUAUCUAAUGAAUUUUUCUUUAAUCUCUAUAUAUAUUUACUUUGUUCAUAACAAAUGAAUUCAAAAACCGAAUUUAAAAAUGGUUCCCGUUAUUUUGUCAUUAAAAGCCAUCAAUGGCGUGGAAACCUACGACGAUUAUUGGUCAUCGAACCACCGAAUGUUGCAACAUAUGAUCUGGCUGAAUAUAAACUAACAAAUAGUUAUUAUUGUAAUGAUAUUCGAGAAUUUCAUCCAAUUAUCAGUGAUGAAGAAUCAAUGACAGUUAUGACCGGUGCUGAUCAAUUUUUUCUUAUAAAUUUUCCAAAUAAUAAAAUGAAAUUUAAAUCAAAAUAUCGUUCAGAUAUAUUGACUGAUCUAUUCAAAACAUGUCCAAAUAUAUUACCAAAAUAUUCGGAAAAUGUUCGACGAUAUAAUGUUUUAAAACAUCGUUGGAAUGGUGAAAAUUAUAAAGUUGUUCUUGAAAUUGGAAUAUACGGUGUGAAUAAAAUUCAUUCGAAAACUAAUCAAAUUCUUUCAUCAUAUGAUUAUAAAGAUAUUUAUCGUUUAAUUCAUGUACGUGAUUCAACAUUUGGACCAGCUAUUAUAAUAUCGACUACAGAAAAUGAAUAUCUUCAUUUAUUCAUUAUGCAAGAUGGUAAUAAUUCACAAGAAAUGAUUGAUAGAAUUCGUUUAAUAGCAAGAAAAAAUAUUGGCGUUGUAAUUCCAUUAUCAAAUGAACCGAUGACAUUUUCAAAUUUUCAGGAAAAUUGUUUCGGUAUACCGAGAUCAGCAUUGUCUUUACCAAUUCAUUCAUUUAUUGUGAAUAAAAUUAAAACAAAUCAAAUGUUAAUGAAUAUUAAUGGUUCAAUGGAAGAAUGUAAAAAAAUAAUGUUAGCAUUCACCGAUAAUUGCCUAAUUGAACGAGAUUCAACAACAAAUACAUUGAUUAAUGUUAGACGUUUGAUUGAUGUUUAUUCUAUCGUACGACCAAUAAAUCAUUCACAAAAAUUUGCCAUACUUUAUCUAAAUGGUGAUUGUCGUUUUUAUACAUCAACUGAACGUGAUUCAUUAUUAGCAUCAUUAAUGGAUAGUGUACGAUCAUCGGGUAAUGCUAAUGUAUCAAUAAAAUUAGAUUAUAAUCAUCAUAAAGUGAUCUCACAACCAGAAAUUGAAGUUGCACGUUUUAUUAAUUCACGUAAUAAAGAUCUAAUACAAGCGUUGGAAUUUUUUAUUGAAACAAGUUUUUUUGCUAUUAAUGGUAAUGUUUUUGAAAAUGAAUCCACUAAACGUAAUCAAAAAGAACAGGAAAAAUUUAUACAUGGUGCUAUUAGUGAAUUAUUAUUUGAAGAUCAUUGUGAUCAAGAAUUGAUUGAAUUCAAUACAAAAUUAUUGGUAUUGAAAAAUUUAUUUACAACACGUGCCGGUUUUGCAUAUUUUAUUGGUCCGGAUAAAAAAUAUAAAUCAAUAGAAAUUGAACAAUUAUUUCGAAAAGUAAAGAAAGCUUUUGAUAAAGAAAAUGAUGUCAUUAUUUUUACUGUUAUCGAUAUGUUAUCCACUUUGAUGCAACCGGUUCAUGAUGAAAAUGAUCUGUUUUAUGAACAGAAAAACAAAGGAUUUUUGUUAAGUUCGAAAAAUUUUCUACCACUUAUACUGGAUUUAAUGCGUUAUCAUAUCAAUAAAGGAACCGGUGCAUUAAUCAUAUCAGCUAUAUUGGAUUUUCUUACCUAUGCACUUUGUGCUCCAUAUAGUGAAACAACUGAUGGUGGCCAUUUUGAUCAAUUAUUAAAUCUAGUAUCACAAUAUGGUCGUUGUCUGUUUCGUCUUUUUGAUCAUCAAUCAUUAUCGAUUGUAAAGGCAACCUGUUUAUUGAUGAAAGCUAUGAUUGAAGAAGGUAAUCCAAAAAUUGCUAAUGAAAUGCAAAAAUUAGCAUUAGCUGAAGGUACAUUUUUAUUUCAUCUACAUGCAUCACUUUAUCCAAUUGUUACGCGUGAGAAAUUUUUACCAAUUCAAAUUCUAUCAAGAAAAUUAAUUUCUUUAUGGACUGUUGAUAAUGAUAUUGGUUGGUCUAUAUUGCAGAAUAUUUUUCCUUUGGGAUUGUUGAAUUAUUUUGAAUCAAAAGAACAACCACCAGCCGAUACAAUGGCUGCACUUAAUUCUCGAGAUAAUUUAAAAAUUGCUCAAGAUAUUUCACAGAAACCGAUAUCAAAUUUACAGAAAAUUCGUGAUCAAUAUGCUGUUGUUCGUAAUGUUGAAAGACAUCUUGAAAAUGCAUUCAAUCAUUGGCGCAAACGAAUCGGAAUUGUAUCGACUGUUGUUGGUAGUACUGGUGAUUCUAUUCAUCCUAUCGUAUUACGACGACGUCGUGAAUAUUUAAAAUCACCACUAAAUUGGAAUAUGUUUUUCUAUCAAUUUACACAGAAUCAUUCGAAACCAGAUUUAAUUUGGAAUUAUAAAACACGUGAAGAACUUCGAGAAUCAUUGGAAAAGGAAAUUACUUUUCUCAAAAAUGAACGUGAAUUACAUUCUGUUCAAUUAUUAUCAUGGAAUUUUGAUGAAUUUGAGGUUCAUUAUGUUUCUUUGGAUGAAGAACUUAAAAUUGGCAACUAUUAUCUUCGAUUAUUGUUAAGUCAAGGAUCAUCAUCAUCGACAACCGAUAUUGAUGAAUCAUUAUAUAUUAAAUCGCCUAUUGAAUUUUUCAAUGCACUUUAUCAUCGAUUUUUAUCCAAUUCAAAUGUUCAAAUGAAAGCCGAUUGUCUUCAGGCUAUGUCAAUUAUCUAUGAAAAAUAUGAUGAAGAAAUCGGUUCCUUUAGUGAUGUUACUUUUCUUCUAAACAUUCUACAUGAUUGUCGAAAUCGAACAUUACGUGAUCGAAUUGUACAGUUUAUUGGAAAAAUUAUCAAACAACAGACAAACAUUCGUACAUUACUUCGUUCUGAUGGUCUAUUAAUAUUGAUUGAUUUGGCUACGCUUUCACAUUUACAUGUAAAUCGUGCUGUUAUACCAACACAAACAAAUGUUAUCGAAGCAUCACCAGAAAUGUCACGUGAUUCAAUGGAAAAAGAAUGGCAUGUAUCAAAAGAUGAGGCAAUAAGUUUUGCCGAUUUAAAAGAUCUCUGGAAAGAUGAUAAAAUAUCGGGUGAUACAAAAUGCUGGGCACAAGGUUAUAAUUCAUGGCGUAAAAUUUCAGAAAUUGCUCAACUUAAAUGGACUUUAAUGGCCGAAGGAUUAUCAAUAUUUCAGGAAAAUAAUAUGACCAUCUAUAUUCUGGAUACAUUGAUACGAAUUUGUGAACGUUAUCCUAGCCGUACUGUACCGGAUAAUGCAAUCAUACGACCUAUUCCAAAAGUUAAACAAAUUCUAUCCGAUGAAAGUUGUCUACCACAUAUUGUUCAUCUUUUACUUACAUUCGAUCCGGUAAUUGUUGAACGAAUUGCAACUUUAAUUUAUCUGAUCAUCGAAGAUAAUCCACGAAUUUCACUUCUUUAUCAAACCGGUCUGUUUUAUUUUAUUUUAAUGUAUACUGGAUCGAAUAUAUUACCAAUUAGUCGUGUUCUUCAUCUAACACAUAUGAAACAAUCGUUUAAAAGUGAUGAUCAAAAUCAAACCGUACUACAACGUAGUAUAUUAAGUCAAAUGAUACCUGAAGCAAUGGUUUGUUAUCUAGAAAAUUAUGGACCUGAAGAAUUUUCCAAAGUAUUCCUCGGUGAAUUCGAUACACCUGAAGUGAUUUGGAAUUAUGAAAUGCGUCGUUUUAUGAUUGAAAAAAUAUCUGCACAUAUUGUUGAUUUUAGUCCAAGAUUAUAUUCAAAUGUACGUGCCAUUUAUCAAUAUUGUCCAAUUCCACCUAUUCGUUAUCAACAAUUGGAAAAUGAAUUAUUUUGUAAUAUUUAUUAUUUGAAAAAUUUAUGCGAUACAAAACGAUUUAAUGAUUGGAAAAUCAAAGAUCCUGUUACAUUUUUACGUGAUAUAUUGGAAAUGUGGAAAUUAGAGAUAUCGAAAAAACCAAAUUCAAUGCAAAUAGAAGAUGCAUUUGAAAUAUUGGGCAUAAAAGAUUAUAAUGGACCAUUGAAUGGUCAUGAAUUUGAAAGUAUGAUACGUAAACGUUAUUAUACACAAGCACAACGUUAUCAUCCGGAUAAAAAUGCUGAUGGUCGUGAAAUGUUUGAAAAAGUUAAUGAAGCAUAUUAUUUUUUAUUCAAUGCUAAACAUAAAUCUAAUGGUCCUGAUAUACAGAAUAUUAUAUUGAUAUUGAAAACACAAAGUAUAUUGUUUUCACGUUAUAAUGUUGAAUUAUAUCAAUAUAAAUAUGCUGGUUAUCCAAUGUUAUUGAAAACAUUAGAAUUAGAAUUGAAUGAUCAAUAUCUAUUUUCAAAAACUGAUUCACUUUUAGCACAUGCAUGUAAAACUGUUUAUUAUACAGUAAAAUGUUCGGCAUUGAAUGCCGAAGAAUUGCGAAGAGAAAAUGGUUUACAAAUGCUUUAUGAUAUAUUGAAUCGUUGUGUAUCGGUAUUAUCAUCAUCAUCAAAAUCAAAAGAUUUAUGUACUAAAGUUUGUAAAUAUAUUAUAUCAACAUUUGGUGUAUCGGCCGAAUUUCCAGCAUGUCGUUCAUUUUUCUAUGAAAUGACUUCAUUGGCUAAGAAUAUAUUCUAUAUUCUUAAUUAUAAACAUUUAACAAAAUUAUCAAUGGCUGCAAUCGAUUGUGUUAUUUAUUUUUCAAAUGAUCCAUAUUUACAAAUGUUAUUAUUUAAAUCGGGUUGUCUAUUCAGUUUGAUACAAUUCAUAUUCAAAUAUGAUUAUACAUUGGAAGAAAAUGCUGAAUCUAUUGGGGCAAAUGAAAAAGUUAGCAAACAAUUUGUUGCCAAUUCAUUGGCUAAAAAAAGUCUUUCAGCUUGUGUUGCAUUGUUUGAAAAUCGUUUUGAUCGUGCACAAGGUUUAGAAGAUAAAUCAUUAUUAGAUGAUUAUUCACUUAUACGUCAAGCAAUCUAUUCACUUCUUACACCUUAUAUUGCUAAUCAAUUAAAUAUGGAAGCUGUACCGGAAUUAUUAAAAUUAAUCAAUUCAAAUAUUGAAAAUCCAUAUUUUAUCUGGAAUAAUGCAUCACGUGCUGAACUAUUGAAUUAUUUACAAACACAGGAAAAAGAAUUAUUACGUAGCGGUGUUUGUAUGGAUGAAUCAUUUGGUACAAAAUUUGUUUAUAGUUGCCAUAAAGAAGAGCUUAUUAUUAGCGAUAUAUUUGUACGAAUAUAUAAUAAACAACCAAAUUAUCCAUUGAAUAAUGUUAAACAAUUUGUAUUGGCUUUAUUGGAUAAUAUUGGAACGAAUGCACAAUAUUUACAUGCAGUAAAUGCUAUAUCAUUUCCAACUAAAGAUGAUUUUAAAUUGGAUGAACAACGUCGUAAUACUAUUGAACAAUGUUUAACAGCAUUGAUUAAUUUAUUAAAUUAUAAUGCCGGUAUUGAACAUUGUUUUGUUGGACAUUUUCGUAAUAUUUUCAGUUUAUUACGUUUAGAAUCGGAACCAGAAAUUCAAUCAUUAGUGUUACGAUUAUUGAUGAAAUUAUCUACAAAUAAAGAUUGUAUUCAGGAUAUAUCUAAUUCAAAUGUUUUGAUUAAUUUAUUACUAAUGUUACAUAUUACAACAAGAAUUACUGAACAACAAUCAAAAUCAUAUUUGGAUAUUUUGGAAAUAUUAUUAUCAUUCACUACAAACAGUGAUUUGGUUAAAGAAGGUAUUGGAAAAGGUAUUCUUCUUUAUGUUCUUCAACUAUUCAUCAUGCCUAAUUUCAAUGCUGUACGUGAAAAAGCUGCACAAUUGUUGAUUAAAAUAACUGGCGAUGUUGUUAAUGGCCAAUAUUCAUCAUGGGUAUUGUCACAUUUUUUACCAACAUUAUUUUUCAAUGCUAUGAAAGAUGCACCACAGAAUGCUAUCAAUCUUUAUGAUGAAAAUAAAGAAAAUCCAGAAUUAAUUUGGACAGAAGAUGCAAGAUUACGGCUAAAUAAACAUGUUAGAGAUCUUAUUGAAGACCUUUAUACAUUACAGAUAUCUAAUCCAUCACAUUUAUGGAAAUUUAAUGCCAAUUGUGAAUUCAAAUAUUCAUUGGAUGAUGAUGAAUUUAAAAUAUCUGGUGUUUAUCUUCGACUAUAUAAUAAAAGUCCCGGUUGGAUUCUUAGUCGACCAAAAGAAUUUCUAUUGGAUUUGUUGGAAUAUGCCAAAAAUGUUUGUGAUAAAUCCUCCGAUAUUGAUGAAGGAAAACUUGAAAUGGUCAAUAAUGCAUUGCACAUUCUGUUGACAACACAAUCGGAUCUUCUCAUUCUUAUACCUCCUACUGGUUAUAUUCAAAUAUUUAUCAAUAAAUUGGACAAUAAUAAUUUGAAUAUAUCAAAAACGUGCCUAUCGUUAAUACAUAAAUUUUCAUUGAAUUCGGCCUGUCUAAACGAUAUGAUUGUAACCGGUAAAUUAGCUAAAAAUUUUAAUUCAAUCAUCGAAACACAUCCAACUUUGAUCGAAUUAUUAUGUGAUUCAAUGGUGAAAAUAUUCGAAGCUAAAAAUGAAGAAUUUAUACAUCAAUCAAUCAAUACUGGUUUGAUUAAUAAUCUAUUAAAAGUACUCGAUUCGAAUGCUAGUCAAUCAACAAAAGCAAAAGUUGUACAAAUGUUUCAAACAGCACUUGAUUCGGAAUAUAAUUCACAGAUAAGUGAAGUUUUGAAUAAUUCGAAUAUUUGGAAAGAAUUUAAAGAUCAAAAACAUGAUCUUUUUAUUGCCAGUAAUAAUGCUACUCAUCUUUUAACAAAUUCCACUGUCAAUAUUGCCGGUUAUCUGAAACAAAGUUCGACAAAAACUUUACCAUUGGUACCACCACCGAUUGAAGAAUAAGAUUAGCCGAAUAAGAUUUUAAUAAUUGAUUUAAUUUUGUGAUUUUGGUUCCAAUUGAAAAAAAAAGAUUUUUAUCCGAAUCAAUAAUGGUCAUCAUUGGUCUUUACUUUUUUUCCGCUAUAUACACAUGCCGGUUAUAUCUGUUCUCUAUAAUAU